AUGCCGCGGGGCUUCCUGGUGAAGCGCAGCCGCCGGCCCGCCCCCGCCUCGUACCGGGCGCGCUGCUGCCGUGAGCCCGCGGGGGAGCCGCCGCCGCCGCCGGGCCGGCCCCCGCCGGUGCCGUGCGGGACACCCGAUGCCGCGGGGCAGGCGCUGUCCAGCCCCACGCGGCCCGUCAGCAGGGACACGUUCCUGGAGCGCGGCUUCAGCCUCGGCUCGCCCGUCUCGGCCGAGUCCUUCCCGGCGCCGGCCGUGCCCGUCACUAUGGACCCGCUGCUCCUGGCACCGGCGGAGCUCAAGCUCUGGGCCGCUGCCGCCGGCCCCGCCGAGCCGCCCGCUGCGGGUCCCGGUGCAGCCCCCGCGGCCCCGGCCGCGCCGCCCGCUGCCGCCGCCCGGCCGCAGCCCAGCAAGCGGCCGCCGAGCGCCGCGGAGCCCGGGCGGCAGAAGGGCCCUGCGGGCAAGAAGGCGAAGGCGAUCCGCAAGUUAACCUUCGAGGACGAGGUGACCACGUCCCCCGUGCUGGGGCUGCGCAUCAAGGAGGGCCCGGUGGAGGCUCCGGCCCGGGCGCGGAGCGGCUGCGCCCGACCGCUGGGCGAGUUCAUCUGCCAGCUCUGCAAGGAGGAGUACGGGGACCCGUUCGCGCUGGCGCAGCACCGCUGCUCCCGCAUCGUGCGGGUGGAGUACCGCUGCCCCGAGUGCGACAAGGUCUUCUCCUGCCCCGCCAACCUCGCCUCUCACCGCCGCUGGCACAAACCGCGUCCGCCCGCCGCCAAGAGCGGCCCCGAGCCGGGCCGAGCGCCGCCGGAGGAGCCGCCGAAGGAGCCGGGAGCGGGCAGCGGCAGCGAGCGGGACACGCCGAGCCCCGGCGGCGGCUCGGAAGCGGGCUCCGAGGAGGGGCUCUUCGAGUGCCCCCGCUGCGCCAAGCGGUUCCGCCGCCAGGCCUACCUGCGCAAGCACCUGCUGGGCCACCAGCCCCCCGAGCCCGCAGCCGAGGAGCCGCCCGCACCGCCGCCCGCAGAGUGCCGCCUGUGCCCGGUGUGCGGGGAGACCUUCCCCAGCAAGAGCAGCCAGGAGCGGCACCUCCGCCUGCUGCACGCCGCGCAGGUCUUCCCCUGCAAGUACUGCCCGGCCACCUUCUACAGCUCGCCCGGCCUCACCCGGCACAUCAACAAGUGCCACCCGUCGGAGAACAGGCAGGUGAUCCUGCUCCAGGUGCCGCUGCGGCCCGCCUGCUAGAGCCGCCCGUGCCU